UACACUAGUACUGAACAUUGACGUAAACCUAGUAACACAUCGGUUUACCCUGUUUACGGUUGUUGAGAAUAUGAAAUCAAAGCGGGUGUCUGGUCACGUAAAUAUUCACAGGGGCCUCAUUGUAACCCUCUGUCUGAUUAUGGAGUUUGAUAUCGGGCAAUGUGACGCAAGAUUCUGUGUUAAUGUCCCCAGCUUACACAUGGACGCCGCAAGCAAAAUCUGGAAUUUCCUACAAGUCAACGACAGACUGAUAAAGAGUGACGUUAUAGUGGGUCUCGGGACUCAUGACACUCGAGUCGCCAUGGAAACAGCUAUGCUGUGGUUUGAAGGAUGGGGCGACGUCAUCGUUUUCACGGGGCGAUCAGGUAACCUUACGAAAGGCCGAUGGAACAGAUCGGAGGCUGAAGUUUUUCGGGAUAUCGCAAUAUCGAUGGGUGUGCCAUCUUGUAAAAUUUACAUUGAAACCGAAAGUAGAAACACGGGUGAAAACAUUCGUUUUACACAUGACCUGCUGAAGAAAAGAAAUAAAGUUCCACAUCGUAUAAUACUGGUUCAGAAGCCCCACAUGGGUAAGCGAACCGUGGCGACAUUCUGGAAGCAGUGGCCUCAAUCGAACACUCCCAUCGUGUCUCUGGUUGUUAGAACUUUAAGGAUAACUCUCGAACGUUACCCUAAUAAUGACGUAGGUGAUUUGGGUGACGUAAUAUCUGUAAUGAUGGGAUAUCUACAGCGCCUACCUCUGUAUCAUAAACUCGGUUUCCAAACACAUGUUCACAUACCUUCUGAUAUUUGGGAUUCGUUUUUGUUUCUGCAAAAAACUGGAUUGUAUAACUCUCAUUUUAUUUCAUAACUAGGCAUAUAGUUUGAAGUAUCUUCAUAUCAUAAAUGGUUUUCAAUUCGGAAGAUUUUUUCACACUUUCAGCUUUGCAUCUUAUACUUUUAAUACAAACAUAUUUAAGUACAGUCAGAGUAACAUAUUUACUAAAAUUAUUAUACACUUAUAUUCAAUUCUACAGUGAAAAUAAUGCAACAAUAAGUUAACUGUUCUACAAUAUUUGAUACAUGAACAUUGUACACCAUUGCCAAUGAACAAUUUCUCGUUACACGAGAUUUUGCCUUCGUGCAGUCGUUACUAGAUUUUAAUUUUUAUAUUGAUAGACAAUAUAAAAACUAUAUAAACACUUUAAUAAAUGUAGAUAUAAUUAUAUUAAUCAUAAUUUAUUCUUUGUAUAUAUCGUGGGAAAAAGUGAUUAAACUGUCCGUCCAGCCUACUGUACGAGUUCAUUU